GAGCGGAUGGUAUAAAGCAGGGAGCUGACGGGGGCUGGGCCUCAGUGCCUGGACCUGCACCAUCAUGGAAGCUGCUCUUUGGGUGUGCCUUAGUCUGCUCUGUCUGCAGGGCAGUUUUCUCCAGCUCACACAUGGUGCAGACUGCACUGGGACAUCACAGGUGCAAGACUGUGUCAAUGGGCAGACCACCGGAGGAAAGAAUGACGGGCUUCUGCGGCUGAUUCCAUCUGCUCCAAGAGAGACCCAUACCCAGACAAAGCCACAGAGAGGACGACUUGGGGCACACUCUGUACUUGGUAAGUGGAAAGAUGACAACAUACCGGCGGCCGUGCCGUUGGACAGACAAAAGAAAGAGUUGGGGAAGCACUCCAGCCUUCCUGGGUCCUUCUCGACUAAGGGCUUCCCCAACACACUCAUCCAAGUUCAGACAGAGCGGGCCAGGAGACACUUGGGCCAGUCUGGGACCAAGAAGAAGAACAAGCCUAAAUCCAGAGUGGGAUCUUUUUCUCUGCUCAGCAACAACAAACCCAGCUCCGCCAUACAGGUAACCAGAGUACGGAGGAGUACGGAGAAGGAGAAGAAGAAAGGGAAGCCAAGAGGACGACCAGGAGCGUACUCUGCUAUGGACGUCCCAGACAAACCUGAACCCUUGGGACAAAGGCGCAAGAGGAGCCCACAGAAGAAGAAACAGACCAAGAGAAUUGUUUGUUCAUAAACAUUUCAUUAAACAAGGGACUUUGCGGAAAGCCCUACUGCUUCAAUAGUUCAUAAACUGUACUUUAUAUCUUCUUCUCUUUGUAAACAUAUUGGUUUUACGUCAUUUCUUCAAUUUAACAAUAAUGUAAUAUAUAUAAGGAAACACAUCCCUGAGGACAAGUAUACAUACAAUACUUUUGAGAACCCCUUAAAUAUUCUCUUUUAUUAUAGAUUUUGUUGUUGUUGGUCGAUGGUGAUUCUUUGGCAACUGUGCAUAUUAUCAGGUUUAAAUAAAGUAAACAUGUAUGAGAAUACUUCAUGAGAACUUUCCGCAACAUAAGGCUACAGAGGGCUGCCGUUUCUAGCCAGCACUGUUUAUUUUCUGUUUAGUCUAUGACAGAGUCGGACUCCACCUUGACAAAUGGACUAGAACAUUUCACUGCUCCAGCUCUCCCUCUCUGUUGCCAAGUACAACACCUUCAAUUCCCACACAACAGGACCUGGGUAACUUCCAGAAGUUAAUUCAGAAAUUGUGGAUUAGGGGGGGAAAUGUCACUGAGCCCCAAUUACAGAUGGCUGAGCUAAAGGCAGUGCCUGUAUCCCAAAUGGCAUCAUAUCCCCUACAUAGUGCACUACUUUUC